GUUGCUGAUUAAAUUGCCAGAGCUGAACUACCAGAUCAGAGUAAAAGCAACUAUUGACAAGAAUGUUUCAACCGUAAGUAAUCGUAGAUUCGUUCUGUGUGGAACACAUGUGAAAGCAAUGAACAUGGAUGAAUCUGCAAACGGAAGCCUAUCAGUUGAAUUUCGACAUUUGCAACCCAAAGAAAUGAAAUCAAGUGCUGGAAGCAAAGGAAAUGAGGGCCCUCAUAUGGUGACCGAGGAACUACACUCCAUCAGCUUUGAAACACAGGUCUGCCUGUAUGGAUUGACUAUAAAUUUGGAAACCAGCUCUUUGCCUGUGGUGAUGAUUUCCAAUGUCAGCCAACUACCCAACGCGUGGGCUUCUAUUAUUUGGUACAAUCUGUCAACCAACGAUCCUCAGAAUUUGUCUUUCUUCAACAAUCCCCCUGCUGCCACUUUAAGUCAGCUCUUAGAAGUACUGAGCUGGCAAUUUUCAUCGUAUGUCGGUCGUGGACUCAAUUCUGAGCAGCUCAACAUGCUGGCAGAGAAACUUAUGGGACAACAAGUCAGUUACAACGAUUAUCAGCUAUCCUGGGCAAAGUUCUGCAAGGAACAUUUGCCUGGGAAGUCUUUUACCUUUUGGGUUUGGCUUGAAGCCAUCCUGGACUUAAUUAAAAAACACAUUCUUCCUCUUUGGAUUGAUGGGUACGUAAUGGGAUUUGUAAGCAAAGAGAAGGAACGAAUUUUGCUCAAAGACAAGACACCAGGAACAUUUUUAUUAAGGUUUAGUGAAAGCAAUCUGGGUGGAAUUACCUUUACUUGGGUGGAUCAGUUAGAAAAUGGAGACAUAACCUUUCAUUCGGUGGAACCCUAUAACAAAGGUCGCUUAUCUGCACUGCCUUUUGCCGACAUACUGCGCGAUUACAAAGUUAUUAUGGCAGACAACGUUCCUGAAAACCCUCUGAAGUAUCUGUAUCCAGACAUUCCCAAAGAUAAGGCCUUUGGCAAACACUACAGCUGUCAGCCAAAUGAAGUCUCAAAGCCCUCAGAUGGAGGAGGCAAAGGUUACGUUCCUUCUGUAUUUAUCCCAGUCUCCAAAAUCUUAAAUGAUUCUACAGAUCCACAUUCUCCAUCAGAUCUUCUUCCAAUGUCUCCAAGCGUUUAUGCUGUGUUGAGAGAACACCUGAGUCCCACAGUGAUUGAAACUGCCCUGAGUUCUCCUUACUCAACUGACUGA